AUGAAGCACGUUAAGGGGUUAAGGACCCUUUUGUGUGGAGGCCUCUUUUUACUCCAUUUCUGCCGGGAAGCCGCAUGCCACAAGGUGUAUAAAGUGGGCCCAGAACCCAUCCCCUGUUCGCAGUGCAAGGACGUACGCGAAUGUAGUGCGUGUUUGUUUGAGGAGCAGGAGUCCCCAUAUGCAAUCCACUUGAAGCUAAAUAAGAAAAACCCAAAUGACCACACCAAUUUGAAGAAGCAUCACGAUUCGCUGAAGCUCGGUGGGGUGAAGUACUACGUCAACAGGGGAGAAGGAAUUUCAGGCAGUCUGGGUAACCCUUCGGGGAACACCCUAGAUGAUAUAGAUAGGAUAAACGAGGAGAUAAAGAGCAGGCAGGGGGGGGGCGACACGAGGAACUUCAUUGACGUGAGCAGUUAUGCGAAGGAGGGUCUGUCUGACUACUUUGUGGGUGUGCAGAAGCACGCGUAUGAGGUGGGGACUACUAAUAAUGGGGGAGAACACAAUGCAGUAGCAGGCGGAGGAACAGGCGAAGAGGAAGCAGAGGGGCACCCCCCUACAGUGGAAAAGAACUUCAUCGACCUGAAAAACACAAACGCUGUGGUCGAACAGACGGAAGAAAACGUUUUUCUUGUCCCCCUGAAGCACUUGCGAGAUAGCCAGUUCGUGGGGAAGCUCCUAGUCGGUGUCCCUCCACAAGAAAUUCACCCCAUCUUUGACACAGGCAGUACAAAUCUGUGGGUGGUUACAACAGAUUGUGAAGAACAGUCAUGCAAAAAGGUUAACAGGUACAACCCAUACAAGUCAAAAACGUUUAGAAGAUCCUUUGUAGGAAAAAACCUUCACAUCAUUUUUGGAUCCGGCUCCAUUUCAGGAUCCAUAGGAAAAGAAACUUUCGUCUUGGGAAAUCACACAGUGCGUAAUCAGACCUUUGGCCUAGUGGAGAGUGAAGCAAAUGACAGUUUGAAUGGAGACAACAUUUUUAAUUAUAUAGACUUUGAGGGUAUUGUUGGGCUUGGCUUCCCAGGUAUGCUGUCAGCAGGAAAGGUAUCCUUCUUCGAUAAUCUACUACAACAGAAUAAGAAUUUGUCACCUCAAUUUUCCUUUUACAUAUCUCCUGACGAUAAUACUUCUACUUUUAUAAUUGGUGGUUUGAGUAAAUCUUUUUAUGAAGGUAGCAUUUAUAUGCUUCCUGUCAUUAAGGAAUAUUACUGGGAGGUGGAAUUGGAUGCUAUUUAUGUCGGGGAGAAAAAAAUUUGCUGUGAGGAGAAGAGUUACGCGAUAUUGGACACAGGCACAUCCUACAAUACUAUGCCCAGUACACAGAUAAAAGAUUUUUUUAAUAUAGUUUCUUCUGUAGCUUGUACAGAAGAUAAUUAUAAAGAAGUGUUGAAAAAUUAUCCCGUUAUUAAAUAUGUAUUUGGUGACUUGGUCAUAGAGCUUAUGCCUGAGGAAUAUAUGAUUUUAAAUGAGGACAAUUGUAUUCCAGCGUACAUGCAGAUUGAUGUUCCCUCCGAGAAGAACCACGCGUACCUGCUCGGAAGCAUUGCUUUUAUGAGGCACUACUACACGGUCUUCGUGCGUGGCAUGGACGGCAAGCCCUCUAUGGUGGGGGUCGCCAAGGCCAAGCCGGCCAACACGGCCCAACCUUCCGCGGUGGCAGCGUAG